AUGGAGAUUUCCGAGGACGCUACUAGGAAUGCAACAGAAGCGUUGGUUCUCGAGUUCCAUGCAACAGCCGAUUCCCUAACUACAAAUGGUCUCGAGAAGCUCUAUGGUAAGAAUGCUACACUAAGAUAUGGAAACGAAGAGGAAGUGGAAGGAGUAGAUGGAAUCAGAAAAUUCUUCGAGGGUGUCUUUCUUACUGCUCAAAAGCAUGAAACAUGA